AAAAGAGAGAGAGAAAGAGAGAUAGAUUAUACUGAGAGAAAGAUGAAAGGUAUUUCAAUAAGGUCAAUUUCUCAAAGUCAAGGUAAAAGUAUGGUCAAAGGGACUGAUUAUUAUUCAAUGGGAGGGUCCUCAGGGACUGCGGGUUCCGUAAAUGCUUCGUGGCGUAUACCUUUAGCCGGCUGUGCUAUUUCCUGUAAUGAUGUAAGAGAGUGACUGUGUUUAUGGAUAUCUUCUCUUUAUCAAUCUGUAAUCACCCAGGUGUAUGUGUCGCAUCCCUACACAGUUCUUAUUAAAUCUCUUGUAGUAUUUAAAGGUAAACGAAUCUGAUCUUUUUUCUUUCUUUAGAUAAAGCUGGCUUACAGCAAGUGCAAUGGUUGUCACACACUAUAAGUUUUAGAAAUUGCAUCAAAGACUACUUGUAACUACUUUUGAGCUUUAAGAGAAGUAAUACCAUGCUUGACACAGCCAUAAUCAGUAUUUACUCGAGAAUUGAUUAAGUCAAUUAAUUGAGGACCCUUUUGAUCAAGGGUAAUUAGAUGCUGAGGAUAUCAUUUAUAUAUUUAAAAAUAAUAAAGAAAAAGCAAUCAAGGAUGAGGAGGUGAGUAG